GUAAUCACCGUAAGGAAGGGGAGAUGGGCCAAAGGGCAACUCCGUUCCAAAAGCAGCAUCAGCAUCCAACAUUGGCACUUGGCACAGCUAGAGAGGAGCCGAGAGCUCUCAACGUCACCUUGGUGGGUAGGGUAGGUAGGCAGGUAUACCUAGAGGUAAAUCUGGAGUAGUACCUAGCACUCCGUACCUAUAGAGAGUUCCGAAUAUUCACGGACACGCGAGGGACGGUCAAUUGCAAUUGGCCCAAUUCCGAGGAUAUUCACACCUUUCAUGGACCGUUGCUUGGAGAUUCGCACAGGCGGUGAAAGUGUGGCUUUGCAGGGAUCUUGAUCCACAGCUUCGAAGCAAUGCUAACAGUUGGGACAAAAGCCACCUGCACUCCCUCCAUAACAAACUCCCGUGAACUGCAAACCAAGUGUCAACAGCCCAGAACUCAGAGACCGACUCUACCACAAGUUUUCUACAGAACAACCGCAAUCAUGGCUUCCGCAUCACACGACCAAGAUCUCCUUCCAGAGACAACUGAGGGGUUCAAGGUGGGGGAGAAGAAGACCAUGGACGAGUACAGCAAGUUGGGUAUGUUUGGGAGCUCCUGCUGUUCAUUUUCUACCCCGUCGAUCAGGACUACCUUGUCUGUUUUACAUGUUCAUUCCUAUUCUUUCCCAUGUUCAGCAUUACAAGACGAGGCGUUCCGGGGCCUGGUCUGGCUGUGGAAGUCCACGAUAGCUUCGUAUCAAGGCGGGGCUUCGAGGCCAGGCACAAAAUUACAUUUAUAUUUUCGUUCCAAGCUCUACUUCUCUCAAUGUCUGCCAUAUACCUCUGCAAUGAACUUCAUCUGUUUGCAUCGUCCAUCCAAAUCCUUCAUGUAGUUCUUGGUCAUUUCUGUCCAACGCUAUCCUCAAUUUUACCCAAAUACCAAUCAAUAUUGAGAACCACUCCGUCCCUAAAGUUUAUCAUCAAAUGCUAACAACUCUCUCUUCUCCCCGCAGAUGCCGAUGAUGAAGCCAUGCAACGAUACAAGCAAUCCCUCGGUCUUGGUGGCGCUGGCAAAGACCUUUCCGACCCCAACGAUCCCCGUCACUGCAUCAUCCUCUCCCUGCAAAUGGACUCCGAGGGACGACCGCCCGUCGUGAUCGAUUUGUCCGAGAAGGGAAGUGAGAAGACUUUGAAGGACAAGCCAUUUAAGAUAAAGGAAGGUGCAAAGUUCAGCAUGACGGCCAAAUUCAAGGUCCAACACGAGAUUCUUAGUGGUUUGCAUUAUGUCCAGAUUGUGAAGCGAAAGGGAAUCAGAGUUAGCAAGGACCAGGAAAUGAUUGUAGGUUUUGGAUUGGCGAGCUGAUAUCGAUGGUAGAGGGACAUCAAGCUAAUGAGGAUGGCGAUAGGGCUCUUACGCACCUUGCACCAACCAGAAUCCCGUUUACACCAAGCAAUGUAGGUUCCCCAACCUCAGAUAUGUUUUCUUGUGGCUAAUGAUAUUCCAGUCGCCGAGGAAGAUGCUCCAACCGGAAUGUUGGCUCGAGGACACUACACUGCCGUCUCAACAUUUGUCGACGACGACAAAAAGCGCCACUUGGAGUUUGAGUGGGCUUUCGAUAUUGCAAAGGACUGGUAGACGGCUAAGCUAUCGGGAGGAAGAAUUUACGAAUUAACGGCUGUUGAAUAAAUGCAUAGGUGGUCACAAAUGGUUCG